UAAAAAUAUCUGAGGAGCCAGAUUGAAGCUAUAAACUUGCAUCUUCAGCUUUCAUUUCUUCCAUUCCAACUGCUCUGCAAUUAUCAAUUCCAUAUUUUCCUUGAAUUUUUUUCUUCUGGGUACCACAAAAGUUCUGUGCUUUUGCUUGAAAACAGAUCAAGAAAUCAAGAUAUGGGGUUUGCUGAAGAAGCCGGGUCUUCCUCACAUGUACUUCCACCAUUUCCAAGAGAAGAUACCCCACUUUUAGGGAAUCCCCGCCCACUCUCCUCCCAAUUCAAGACCUUUGCCAACGUAUUUAUAGCUAUUGUUGGUGCCGGCGUCCUUGGCCUCCCUUACACCUUUAAGAAAACAGGUUGGGUCAUGGGUUCGCUCAUGCUCUUCUCCGUAGCUAUUGUCACCUACUACUGUAUGAUGCUUCUUAUCCUCACUCGUCGCAAGCUUGAUUCCCUUCAUGGCUUCUCCAAGAUCGCAUCCUUCGGCGACCUCGGUUUUGCUGUUUGUGGACCCGUCGGUCGCUUUUCAGUCGACGCGAUGAUAGUCCUCGCACAAGCUGGCUUCUGCGUCAGUUACCUUAUCUUCGUCUCCAACACUUUGGCCAAUAUUUUCAAUCGUGCCAGUGAUCGGAUUCUGGGUUUAAGUCCCGCAUGUUUUUAUCUCUGGGGCUCUUUUCCUUUUCAGUUGGGUCUCAACUCGAUCCCAACACUGACCUAUUUAGCUCCUCUGAGUAUUUUCGCCGAUGUGGUUGAUAUCGGCGCCAUGGGAGUGGUUAUGGUGGAGGAUGUCCUGAUGUUCUUGAAGCAAAACCAUGCACUUAAAGCUUUUGGGGAGUUUUCAGUCUUCUUUUACGGAUUAGGUGUUGCAGUUUAUGCAUUUGAAGGUGUUGGUAUGAUAUUACCAUUAGAAUCAGAAUGUAAAAACAAAGACAAGUUUGGGAAAGUCCUGGGAUUGGGCAUGGCUGUGAUUUCUCUCAUGUAUGCAGGAUUUGGAGCUCUGGGUUACUUUGCUUUUGGAGAAGAAACAAAAGACAUAAUCACCACCAAUCUUGGGCCAGGACUAGUAAGCACGCUGGUGCAGCUUGGACUCGGUGUGAACUUAUUCCUGUCCUUUCCACUGAUGAUGAACCCGGUGUAUGAGGUAGUCGAAAGGCGGUUCUGCGAGGCAAGAUACAGCUUGUGGAUAAGAUGGGUAGUGGUGUUAGUGGUGAGCUUAGUGGCUUUGCUGGUGCCUAAUUUUGCAGAUUUCUUGUCCCUGGUGGGAAGCAGCGUGUGCUGUGUUCUGGGUUUUGUGCUGCCUGCUUUGUUUCAUUUGAUGGUGUUCAGACUAGAGUUGGGUUGGAAUGGACGGCUGCUGGAUGCCACCAUUAUAAUUCUUGGUGUGGUUAUAGCUGUUUCAGGAACCUGGUCUUCCUUGUUGGAGAUUUUCGCACCCAAGGCUGACCAUUAACCACUGUUUUCUACACGUCUUAGAAGUUAAAGGUUCCUACUUUUAUGUUUAGCCAUUGUUUUUGAAGUAGUAACUAGCAAUUGUCUAGGAAAUGGGAUAGAAAAAUUGCUGUUCAUUCGCAAAUCUCUCUUUCCUUGUUGAGAGUUCAGAACAUUUACUAGUAGAUCAGAUUUCUUUUUCCACCAAUUAAAUAUCUUCGUUGUCUUUUUCAUGGUCACUAAUGUUGCUCCGACAGAAUAGGAGCUCAUGAUGAAAUAAAAUUCAAAUAAGGGA